AUGUCGACUCACAGACGCGGUCGCGGCCGAGGUAGAGGUAGGAUAGACACCGUUACUCCUGGCCUGGCAGGGAAUAAUGCAGUAGACUUCAUGGCUGCCCUGGGAAAUAUGGCUGCGGCUAUGCAGGCGACAGCCGAGGCACUGGGUAAUCAGAUAAACCAGGGUAAUCACGGAAACAAUAAUGAUGAGGACGGUCCCAUGACACUUGCUACAUUUCUGAAAUUUCACCCUCCGACCUUUAGGAGAACCUCAAAUCCCACUGAUGUAGACAAUUGGAUUCAGGCUAUGGAACGGACAUUGCAGGCUCAGCAGGUUCCUGAGGAGCAAUGGGUUGAGUUUGGAACUUAUCAGCUGCAGGGUGAGGCUCAGCAUUGGUGGCAGGGGACACGACGUAUCCUGCAGCCAGAUGGCGCUGUGAUUCCUUGGGAGAUGACUGUUGCUGAGUAUACUAGCAGGUUUGAGGAGUUAUGUCGCUUUUCUCGUAUUUGUCAAGGUGCGCCUGAAGAUUUUGCUGAGUGGAAAUGUAUUAAGUAUGAGGGAGGUCUUCGAAGUGAUAUUCUGAGCUUCGUUGCACCAAUGGAUAUCAGAGUGUUUUUGGAACUGGGAAGGAACUUCGCCCCUAGAGGACAAGAUUUUAAGAGAGGCGGUUACACCCCACAACCACAUUUGGGUCAGAAUAACUUCCAGAGAUUCAGUAAUAAUAACAGCCAGGGAAGAGUCAAAGGAAAGCAAGCUCAGACCCCACUGAAUGAUUUAACUUGUAGGAGGUGUGGAAAGUACCACCCGAAUACUCCGUGCAGGGCUGGUUUAUGUGUAUGCUAUUACUGUGGUGAAGCUGGACAUUUGUCUUGGAAUUAUCCAGAAAAGAAGAAGAAUCAAGAAGCUGGAAAGGCACAACAUCAGGGACGCGUGUUCACUAUGACAGCGGAUGGUGCUGGAAGUGCAGAUACUCCGAUUAGAGGUAAUCACAAACUGAUAAUCGAAAUUUCUGACUGCCUUGCAUAG